CCACGUUGUUGAUUUGUAAGUUGCAUCUUUCUGAUUCUCUAGUCUCUACCUACGACAGCGGUUUUUCCUCGCCGGAAAACCGACAGUGAUCUUUGUCUCCGGCGACUCCCCUCCGAUCCCUCCACCAUGAGUUCCGGCGAGCUCUUCCACAUACACCCUCAGGAGCUUCAGUUUCCCUUUGAAUUGAAGAAGCAGAUCUCAUGCUCCUUGCAGUUGUCUAACAAGACUGAUAACUAUGUAGCUUUCAAGGUUAAGACCACAAAUCCCAAGAAGUAUUGUGUUAGGCCUAACACUGGAGUUGUGUUGCCUGGGUCUACAUGUGAUGUUACAGUAACAAUGCAAGCCCAAAAGGAGGCACCUCCUGACAUGCAAUGCAAGGAUAAGUUUCUCCUUCAAGGCGUUGUUGCAAGCCCCGGAGCAACCAUAAAAGAUAUCACUCCGGAAAUGUUCAAUAGAGAAUCCGGCCAUGAUGUUGAAGAGUGCAGAUUGAGAGUUGUUUACGUAGCUCCUCCUCGACCACCGUCCCCAGUUCGAGAAGGAUCCGAAGAGGAUUCAUCUCCUCGAGCAUCUGUAUCAGAAAAUGGCCAUUCAAGUGCUUUGGAGUUUCAGGCUGCUUCUAAAGGUUUCAAUGAACGAGUUGAGGCUGAGGAUACUUCAUUUCAGGCAAGAGCUCAUAUCUCUAAGCUAAUUGAGGAGAAAACUUCUGUUAUUGAGCAUAAUAUAAGGCUUCAGCAAGAACUGGAGCUAUUGAGGUGUGAAGGGAACAAAGGCCGUGGUGGUAUACCAUUAAUGUAUGUGGUUCUUGUUGGCUUGGUUGGCAUCAUUUUAGGUUUCUUAUUGAAGAGGACGUGACCUAUGUGAUUGCCAGCUUCUGAUAUGUAAAAAAUGGCGUCGGCCGUCACUAUAAAUAAGCUGUCAAAGCCUCUGACAAAUAAUAAUCUGCCAAGGCCUCGGACAAAUCAUGAGUUCGUCAUUCCCGGGUCGCCUCCACCAAAGCACAAUGCUCCUUCCCAUUCGGAAUCGCCUCUUCUUUACAUCUGCGUGUGAACUACCCCACCCUCACAUUCCGGCAACCAGACUACCAUGGUGGCUAACAGAAGCACCGCUGAACCUUUCCCCCUUGUUCCUUUCGGCAUGAUGGUUUUGCUUGUGACGUAUGGUCUGUGCUCCAAAUUUCUCUUGCAUUUGCACAUGAAAACUUCGGAGCACAUGGCAUACACCACAAGCAGAACCAUCAUACUGAAAGUGAAGAUAAUGGGGGAAAUAUCCCUGUGGUGCCGUUGCCAUCUGCUGUCGUGGUCUAGGUUCUGGAAUGUGACGGUAGGUUUUCUCCACGACAGUUGUCGAGAAGAGGCGAUUUGGGAAGGGUUAGGAAGCAUUGUGCUCUGGUGGAGGCAAUCCGGGAAUGGCGAUUUGUCAAGGCUUUGGCAGCUUAUUUAUAGUGACAGCUUUCGCCAUUUUUGGCUGUAUGUGGAGAAGAAAAAUGAUUAAUUGUAGAAACCAACGACAAGAAAAAUGUGUGAUAUGUAAAAACCAACUGUUGUAUUGCUCAUAGAAAUUUGGAAUGUGUGGUAAAAUAUAGGCACCUCUAUCGGGAGUAGCAAUCAUGGACAGGUUGAUGAAAUGAAAUUUAUAUCAUGGGAACUGUAUUGUUUUUUUC